AAUUAAAUAAAGUCGAAAACUGGUCAGAAGCGAAGUACACAAAAGUCGAUAUACCAAGGGAAUGCAUCGAACGCUGGAAAUCAAUUCAGCCUUUGCCAGAGUUUCAUUUACCAUUGCCAAAUAUAUUCCUUCCCAGCGAUUUCUCUUUAAUAUCAAUACCAGCAAAAGUUCCAAAAUAUCCUAAAAUUACUAAGUAAUAGUAUGUUAGAGCUUUGGUAUCACCCAUGUUCCAAGAUUUGUUUGCCAAAAUGCUAUGUGAAUUUCCAUUUUAUUUCUUCUCUGGGACUUCUGUCGCCAAAGGAUGCAGCUCUAAUGGAUGUGUACUGUGAUAUAUUAUCGCAUCUAUUGGUCGAAGAAUUAUAUCCAGCCGAAGCAGCGGGGAUUGAUUAUAAGAUUAGAGUCACUGAGAAGGGUAUUACAAUAACAAUAUACGGAUUUAACGAGAAAAUGCCACUCUUGUUGAAGACUAUUGCGGAAUACAUGAUAGCCUAUCCACCUCUCCUUUUUAAAGAUUUAUUUGAAAUUAUUAAAGUGCAACGACUCAAGAUGUAUUACGACGAAUUUAUAAAUCCUGUGAAACUUGUCAGAUCAGCGUAA